CUGUUGUCAACUAGUGACAGUUUACUUAAUCGUCUGGUUGCUAAAAUGUUUUCUUUACAUUGAUUUUGCACAACUUUUUGCUGUCUUUGUAAUAUAUAUAUUUUUGGUUAAUUUUGUUCUCAUAGUAGUACACUCAGUUUUAUCUUUAAAGAACUAGAAUCACUCAUGAAGGAAUCUUGAUUUUUCUUUUUUUUUAAAAAGCUCUUUGAGGAAUUUUCUUGGGAACUUUUCACAAUCUCUCCUAUAAAUCUAAGUUGCUACUUUUCUCUUAAAAAGGUAAAAAUCAAUAUUCGUUUUACAGUUCCUUCAUAAGUUUGCAGAGGUAUUUCUUCAUCUCAAAGGAAACCAUUUGUUCUCAUCUCUCAUUCACCUUUUAUUUUCUCUCAUUCACCUUUUAUUUUUUUGCUAAAACUGAAAAAACAACUUCCAAAAAUAAUCUCUUGGAGCUCAAAAUUUUCCAGCAUUUCCUAUUCCUGCUAGGUGUCUUGAGGAGGAGAACAAUCUCUAAAACAGGUGUUGAUAAUCAUGAUGCUUAUGUGAUUAUAUUUCCUUAAGUAGUAUGAUCUUUUGUGUGGCUAUGGAGAAACAAUUGUGUGGCUUGCCUUUACUUCUUCUGGUUCUGCUUUUAUCCUCCAUUGAUGGAACAACACAGCUUCAAUCAUCUCAAUCUCAAACCCUCUUGAGACUUCAACAGCUUCUCUACUACCCCAAAGUCUUAACCAGCUGGAACAACUUCACAGACUUCUGCAACUCCGAACCAAACUCCUCCCUAACCGUUGUGUGCUACGAAGAUACUCUAACGCAGCUUCACAUCACAGGAGACAGAAGAGGCCACAUGUUACCAAAGAGUUUCUCAAUAGACUCGUUUGUCACUACUCUUGCUAAGCUCCCUGAUGUCAAAGUCCUCACCCUUGUCUCCCUCGGGUUAUGGGGUCGGUUGCCUGAGAAAAUCAACCGUUUGUCCUCAUUGGAGAUUCUCAAUGUGAGUUCUAACUUCCUCUUUGGAUCUCUACCACAUGAACUCUCCUCGCUUGCUAGCCUUCAGACACUUAUACUCGAUGAGAAUAUGUUCUCUGGUCUUGUACCGGACUGGAUUGGUUCUUUACCGAGUUUAGCUGUGCUGAGUCUAAGAAAAAACGCAUUCAACGGAUCAUUACCUUCUUCAUUGAGUACCUUGUCAGGUCUUAGAGUUCUUGCUCUAGCUAAUAACCGGUUUAGUGGAGCUUUACCUGAUCUAAGCCGUUUGACAAACCUUCAAGUGCUUGAUCUUGAAUCAAACUCUUUCGGACCGAUGUUUCCUAGGCUAAGUCACAAGUUGGUUACUCUUUUUUUUUUUUUUUUUUUUGAAUGAAUGUAAAAUUUAUUCAGCCAAAACUGUAUUACAUCUGAUGCUACUGUUUUAUUUUUGUACAAAGAAUCAAAAAAUCAGAGACUCUAUUUUUUAAACCUCCUCUCAGCCUUCUCGUGAUCCAAACCAAGCCAUGAGACCCUCUUCAAGAUAUUUAUGCCCUUUGCCUUUAACUGCAAGUAGCUUCAGCCUGAUUGCCUU